AAAUUUGGUCGCACAUUCACACCUAUGAACAGCUACCUGGCACUCCGAUGCCGCUCCGAGCAACAGGUGAUGAAUGAGUUCACCAAGUCCAUCGCUGCCAAAGACUACACGAAGCGGACGGCGGUUCUCCUUCACGAGCUGACGUUCUUCUACGUGUCGACGAACACAGACACCGACGGAAGCAGUGCCCACAUCCACGACUCGGUCUUGAAGGACUUGACGACGCUUCUCACAGCCAUCAAGGACAAAAGGGAAGAUCAACGUAUCAUCAAGACGGUCAUGACGUUGCUUCAGCGCAUUGCAGAACAGAUGCUCUUUUCCCAAGAGUUAAAGCAGACGCUGUCCAUGUCACCUGCUCCAUCCCCCGCUUCCAUUGCGCCCCCCACCAGUCCCCGUGGCGACAAGACCGAAGCCAUCAUGCAUGCCUUGAAAUCCUUGACAGAUUUGGUGGCCAAGGCCGAAGUUGGCAACGCGUUUCCCCCACGCCGCGUCGCCGCGUACAAGCUGUUCGUCGUACUCUGCGCCGCCACGCAGCAGCCGGAGCGCCCUUUCUCCAUCACGUCCACCAUCCAAUCCUCCAGCGUGUGGACGAUGUUGAAGCUCACCGCCGCCGCCAAAAAGAAAGGCGCCGACAAGGACCUCCCGACCCAACUCGGGCUCCUCAGCGGUGCGUUCCAAGUCGCCCGACACACGCCGUCCCCCGCGUCCCUCGAGUCGGUCGUGCCCCAACUAGUCCAAGGCGCGUUCCUACCCAACCGCCACGCCGCCGCCACGUGCCUCCGCCUCUUUGACGUCAUGCCACUCAAAGUCGUCCAAGCAGUUUACGCCCACGUGAGUGCCACCCCGUCGUUUUCGCUCAACACGACGGACCCCCUCACGACCAUCUACGUGCUCAAACUGUGCGGCAAGAUCACGCGGCUGCCCGUCACGUCCUCAUCGUCUUCUUCGUCGUCGUCAAGCGCCCAGAACUUGCUCGACUUUUCAUUUGACACGACCGCGAAACCAGUGAAACGCCGCGAAAAGGCGCCGUCCGGGCCGUCCAUCGACGGCUCAGUGUCGUCGCGCCUCUCGGACCUCCUCGUGGACAUUUGCAUGCAGAAACAUACGUUCGCCCUGGCCGCGGCGGCCUUGACCCCCCACGCCUCGUCCGUGUCUGUCGCCGCCGCGACGUUGGCGCCGUGCACGGUGCUCCUCACAGCGAUCCAGGAGCUCGCGCUCGGGCAAGUGGCCCCCAAGUGCUUUGAAAAGGUGCGGGGGGGACUAUCGCCGUUUGAAAUCGCGUCCAAUGGCGUGCAUUUGAUCUUGCAAACCCAUGCCGACAACCCCCUCGUGCUCCACCGCGUGGCGCGGGUCGUCCAAGUGGUCGCCGAGUGCUUGGACUUGACGCUCGUCGAGUUUACCGCGGGCGGCGGACACUUGGACUUUUUCAGCCACGUCACCGACCGCAUGUGGGAGCUUGCCACGUCACCAACGUCUUACCAGUCGUCGUGCGUGGUCCGCGAGUCGCUGAUCGCGCUCGUGUGGCUUCUGCCGCGCACGCCCCGCCGAUCGUCGCUGUCCCCCAAGACCCAGACGCAGUCGGCCGUGUGGACGCGCUUCCUCGUCCAUCUCCGGACGCUGUCGACCGUCCCAGAGCUGGACCGCCGCGACAUUGCACUCGCCAUGUUUCGCCGCGCGACGCUGUUCGACGUGGACGCGCCGCUCCUCCACCGCACCAUCGCCGUGCUCGUGCACUGGUACCACCUGCAUCCGUGUCAGUGGCACUCUGACGUGGCGCUCCAGCUGUGGACGACGCUGCUGUCGGACGGCCAGCCUUCCAGCGACAUGUUUGCUAGUGUGCUGGCUAUGAUGGACCACCACGUGGCGCCGUCGUCCUCGUCGCACCCUGCGCAGGCGCAAGCUGUCCAAGCCAUGAAGUGCGUCGCGCUCCGCUUCUUGUCGUCGCCCCCAGCCACGACGCUGCUGCUCGGCCAUCCGACGUUGGCGGCCGCGUGCCAGGACAUUGUCCUUCGUCUGACCAAGUUUGUCAUGUUGGACGAACUCAUCAUCCGACGACUCAGCGUCGACGCGAUGGUCGCGAUGGCGUCGGGUGGUGGGACGCCCCAACAACAACAUGUACACGACGUGCUCGCGGCGUUGGAUAUGCCAAGCCAUCACCACCUAGGCAUCCAAGACAUUGUCGUGCCGUUUCUACGCCGGACGUCUAGUAGUACUAGUAGUAGUGUUGGCCCCUCGCAAAAGUGGAUGAUGAUGUAG